AUUAGUAAAUUUGUAGGAAUAUAUUGAUAAUUAAUUUUUUUUCGAUUUUAGGUAUCCGAUAUAGUGUUAUUUAAAUGUGGUCCAGUAUUAUUUUCUAUUCAAAUGCACUCCAGUGCGCUACUAUGUCCUAGACCCGCCACUGAUCGAUCGUUUUAACGAUAAAAUCGUCAGACUCUCGCUUUGUGCAACAAAACUCUAUAAAGAGUUUGGCCGAGCAAGGGUUUGGCCUAGUGAUAAUACCACUAACCUAGAACCUGGAGGACCCAGGUUCGAAUCCCUUAAGUAGUACCUUAAUAACAACAAAAUGAAAUCUAUAUCACCCUUAUCCAAAAAAAAAAAAAGAGUUUGGCCGAGCAUAGUUGCCUGCAGCGCAAAAAAAGGUUGGAGUAUGCAGAGUUUGAGCAGAGCCCCAAGGAAGAAAAAAAUCGAUCAAAAGGACACUUCGCGGUCCUUUUCUAAAUAACAGUGGACGAGCUCCAAAUGUGUAGAUCGUCGUCCUUUAAUUCAUAACUUCAUUCGCUAGCGAGUGCAAAUUAUUACGAACCUCUCACGCACAACACAUCUUAGUGAUUUUUCUUGUCGUUCUUGAAGUUAUAUCGUAUAAGUUAAAUUUUACUAAUUCUUUCGAUACGACACAAUUACGGCGCUAUUUUCCGUGUCGUCAUGAAACGCAAUCAAGCGGGCGUUGUAAGAUGUGAAAUAAGGGGUCGUUUGGAAGUUGUGAUUUCAAAUGGUGUAUUGAUCUAAUUCAUGUAUUUGUGAGAUUAAGUCGUUUUUUUUGGCUUAUAUAGAACCAGAAUACAUGCAUUUACUUUUUGGAGGUCCCACCACAAUCCCUCAAUAUUGAGGGAUUUACAAUCUCUACAUUUUGUUGAAAUUCUUCACAAUCACUCAAUACUAACUUUUUUACCUUUGGAACAAAAACACAAUCUAAACCUCCAAACAAGAUAUUUACCUAAUACAUCAAUUGAUUCAAUCCAUCAAAUCAUAAUACACUGAUUGUCCCAAUACAUCAAUUUGAAGAAUCACAACUUCCAAACAACCCCUAGGAUAUUACUACAAAAUGAAUCGAAAUCGCAUUCCUAACCGUGGUGUCAUGUCAACUCAUGUGCCUAAACCCAAUCCCUCUUUAAUAAAAUGGCAUGUAGAUCAAAUCCUCAUUCCUUAAUUCUGAAUCUCAACUAUAUAAUUCACCCAUCCAAUAACCAACCAAAUAUCAUGUUUAAAAUAGACAAACAAAAUCAAUUUUUUUUUUUUAAAGGAAAAAUCCAACUAACUUCCUUGCUUCAAUCUACCUGUUUAUAUAAACUCACCCACGACUACCACCAGCAGCAGCAGAGGCAGAGAAGCGAGUUCGUCACAACUCUCAACCAGAGAUUUUCCUCCUCUGUUUUCUUCGUCAAUGGCGGCCAGAGAUUUACUCCUCCUCUGUUUCUUGAAGCAAAAAGGAAAAGGCUUGUAAAAGCGAACCAGCCAGCAGCAGCAGCACAAAGAAGGCGGGAAAGAAGGGACUGGUUUUUUCAAGUGCGAUAACUGCUCAGCCUUUUGAUUAUAUCCUAACUUAACGGUAAUCUCAAUUUCUUCUCAGUUCUCCUCACACAUCAAACGGUCCAAAUUUGAAUUGAAUGAUUUGUGUUGAUAGAAAAGGGCAAGAGGAGAAGGGAUGAUAAUAGCCUGCCGUUUGCUUUUUAUUUUCAAAAAACUGAUUUACCGUUGCUCUUUUGGUCGGAAGAAACUAUGAAAUAUGUAACUGCCGCUUUCUUUAUAUUUCCCCAAACUCUGAAUUGUGCAGUCAAAUUGUUCCGAAACCUUCUUUGAAGAGAAUAACAACGACGUAUCAGCAAACCAUUUUCCCGACCCUUUUGCUUUUCUUGUCUUUUUUUUUUUUUUCCCUUUCCAAAUUCCGCCAUUUUCAAAAGCUCCUUCCCGGGCAAAAGCAUCAGAUUCCGAACAAGUUCCUCAACACCCUCUUUUUAUUGCUCUCAACGUGACUCCAUGGUCACUGUCUUUCAGUUGCAGAGUCGAUUAGUGAAGAGGUGCAGAAAACAGAGGGUCAGGAAAAUGGACAAUUCGUCGUCGAGCUACGACGAGAGCUACGAUCUGGGCUACCAGCCGUCGCCUUCUUCGUUCGAUCAAACGACGCCGACGUUGAGCCGGGAUUCCCUCAUGUUCGGCCGUACUUUCUCGGAAACGUCAGCUUUCUCCGACAUCAGUGCGAGUUAUUGCUCCAGCGAGCCUUCCCCUGCUCACUGGAUGCACGAAGCCAGACCCAGGUCGCUUAAUCAGAACAGAGCUCUGCUUGCCAAGCAGGACAUGAAGUCGCAAGCUGAGAAGCUCAGCGUUGGUGAUGAUGGUGACGACGACGAUGUUGAAUCCAUUGAUUUAGAGCUUGAGAUUAUGAGAGAGAGAUUUUCAAAGCUUCUGCUGGGAGAAGACAUGUCAGGUGGUGGGAAAGGUGUCUGCACUGCUGUCACCAUCUCCAAUUCCAUUACCAAUCUCUACGCAACUGUGUUCGGGCAAAAUCUGAGGCUGGAGCCACUAAAACCGGAGAAGAAGGCAAUGUGGAAGAGAGAAAUGGACUGCCUUUUAUCUGUAUGUGAUUACAUAGUGGAGUUCAUCCCUAAAUCUCAAAACUUGCGAGAUGGAACUGCUCUGGAGGUGAUGGAAAGCAGAGUGAGAUCAGACAUUUACAUGAAUCUUCCCGCGCUGAGAAAGCUGGACGCAAUGCUCCUCGAAAUACUGGACAGUUUCGAAGAAGCAGAGUUCUGGUAUGCAGAGCAAGGAAGCAUGUCAUCGAACUCGACCCGAUCCGGUUCGUUCAGGAGAGUGGUGAUCCACAGGACGGAAGAGAAAUGGUGGGUUCCAGUGCCCUGCGUGCCUCCAGGAGGAAUCUCUGAGAAGUCGAGGAAGCAUUUGAGGCAUAAGCGUGACUGCGCCAACCAGAUCCACAAAGCAGCCAUGGCCAUCAACACCAGUGUUCUCACUGAGAUGGAAAUCCCUGAUUCUUACUUGGCAUCUCUUCCCAAGAGUGGGAAAUCGAGCCUAGGGGACUCCAUUUACAAGUACAUAUGCACGAUGGACAAGUUCUCGCCAGAGAGGCUGCUGAACUGCCUCAACAUAGCAUCGGAGCACGAAGCACUGGAGCUCGCAGACAGAGUCGAGGCUUCGAUGUACACGUGGCGGCGUAAAGCGUGCUUGAGCAAUUCGAGGUCGUCGUGGGGGGACCUGAUGAAGGAUUUGGUUUCCGAGAUAGACAGGACGGAUAAGAACCAUGUGUUGGCAGAGAGAGCAGAGAGCUUGUUGUUCUCACUCAAGCAGAGGUACCCUGGCUUGUCUCAGACAUCCUUGGAUAUAUGCAAGAUCCAGUGCAACAGGGACGUGGGUCAGGCGAUACUGGAGAGCUAUUCGAGGGUGUUGGAAGGUCUAGCAUUCAACAUUGUUGCCUGGAUCGAGGACGUUCUUUUCGUAGAUAAAUCGGUUAAGAACUAAGAUUAGCAACCCUAAUCCUAGAUACUUGUUACUUGUACUAUCCUUUCCUUUCUUGGCAACUGUCGAUGCUUGAACCAAACACUUUGUAAGGGAGAAAGAAAGCUCCCACCUUUCCUUGUAGGACGCUGGUUUUGCUUCUAGCAAAACACCAGAGAGCAGAAGAAGACUAUUUCACCGGCCUUUUUUACCCUUAUCUGGAGAAGCUUUUUAUUGAGCAGAAGCUCCAUUAAACGUUUCCCUGUCAUAACAAAACAACAAAUGGAACCCUUGUCCACAGCCAGCAGGCACCUGGAUUCAAUUGGGUGAGACGAAGUUCUGCUCAGAACAACUGUCUAAUAAAUGACAGCCAUGGAAACAGAAUCUAAAACAAAAGGACCAAGAGCUAGUUCUGUCUCUCACUGCUCCAAAGCAAAGAUCCUACAGCAACGUAUCCUCUUCUAACUAGUGGGAAGUGGGUAAGAAAAACAUAUCCAAAUUUUCAUGCACAGGCAACUAAUGGGAGCGUGAGCAUGGCUGCUAGCUUUUAUCCAACUUGCAUCACCAUACAACAUGAGGUGAAAACCCCCCAGGGCAGAAGCAAGCAAUUCAUUGAUGCACAUGGAAGUGAUACAACACAAUCAGAUUUAGACUUGGCAAAAGAAGAACAAUCAUCUCUAUAUGUACAAACCAGGCCUCCUUUCCUUCGACUGCAUUUCUACAAGGACAGCAGUCAAGAAUCCAGGGGGAAGACAAAAAGAUUCAGUCAGUCGCUGCUGAGCCACGGCCCACACUUCCUUGCUUGGCACGUUCUGAACAACCACGGACGACAUUGGGGUUUUUCUUCCCACCCACUCCCAAAAACAAUUGUACCAAUUGCAGAUUGCAAUGAAUGAAAACCAUGAAUUCUCUCAACUGCUGCUUGGGGGCUGUUCCUCAUUCAAAUAACAAUCAAGAAUCUCCUCUCAUCACAUAAAUUAAUAAUUUAGGUAUCGUCAUCAACAGCACCAAUGUAAGUGAGAUCAGUCCGUCUAACCCGUACAGCACCCUUGAGCCAGUUUGAGGCCCACAGAUUAGAUUGGCCACUACUGCUGCCAAUUACUGGAGUAUUAACUGAGGACGAUGAGGAUGGACCAACACCAGCUCCUGUGCCAUCUUCCAACAGUAACCAUGGGUCGAUUUCGAUAUUAUCGCUACUGUCUUGUUGAGCCGCUGAUUGCUGCUUGGACUUCCCUGUUGGAUUCCUUGUCAACAUUGAAGGGGAAUUUCUCUGUGGAGGGUAACCAGACAUUACAAUGCUGGUGGGCUGCAAGGAAGCAAUGGCAGCAGAAGGAACAGAUGGUGGCUGACAAGAGAUGCAGCAUCCAACAGAUGGAAGAAGAAUUGGCAUUGCUGCUUGGAUACGCCAACGGAUUCCACUAGGUAGGUUCAUGCGGUCUAAUUCGCUCUGCAUUGAUACCACAUACAUUCAUUAGACAUUGGACAACAAUAAUAGUAUCUCUGGGUCUAAGUGAUGCAGGAAACUGGAGAAGAGACAUACUAGUUCAGACAUUUAAACCCUAGAUUUUAAUAGCAGUCCAUAAUGCAGAGAAAGAACAACAGCAUUUCACAAGCAUGUUCAUAUAGUUCAGUACAGCAUCCUGAAGUUGCAUAGGCUGCCAACGGCUAGCCCUAUCAUAUGGCACAGGAAAAUGCAUCUUGAGAUCUAAAUUUAGAACAAUCCCUGUAGCCUUAAUAAGCUCCAAGUUUUAAGAGAAUGCAAGAACACAAUCCAGUCAGACUGCCUUCCACUUAUCUAAACUGAAGAGGUACAACCAUAAAACACUAAAUAGAGGAUAAACCCCAAUCAGACUUCCUUCCACUGCUUAUUUCUCAAGACAACGCAGGAUAAACCCCAUUUAGGAAC